AUGUCUCGCAUGUGGGAAGUCGACCCCGAGACCAGGACGAAGCUCCUCCAAAUCUCCAAGACGAACGGAAAUGACAGGUGCUGUGAUUGCGGUGCGCCCUCGCCACAAUGGGCUUCCCCAAAGUUCGGCACCUUCAUUUGUCUCAACUGCGCUGGCACACACCGAGGUCUAGGUGUGCACAUCUCCUUCGUUCGCUCAAUUACAAUGGAUGCCUUCAAGCACGCCGAGAUCCAACGCAUGGAGCUGGGAGGCAACGAGCCAUGGAAGACAUUCUAUGACGAACACCCUGUCACCGUGUCGGAGGGCCGUACCUUCGAAGACUCCACGAUUAAGGAACGAUACGAGAGCGACGCCGGAGAGGAAUGGAAGGAGAGAUUGGCGUGUAAGGUGGACGGCCGCGAGUACGUCCAGGGUCAAGAGAAGAAGAACAACCCUUCGCGGUCGAGCACACCGCUCAGUGUAGGCGGUGCGAAGUCCGGUGCGCGCGCUGGAUCUCCAGCUGCGUCCUCUAUUCGUUCAAGCGACAGCCAACGUGGUGGCCCUACCAGCAAGAAAGAGCAGAACGAGGCAUAUUUCUCAAAGUUGGGGAACGAGAAUGCCACGCGUAGUGACGCUCUUCCUCCUUCACAGGGUGGAAAGUUCACCGGGUUCGGAGGUGGUAUGCCUGCGCCUUCGGCGAAUGAUCGCCGCUCUUCUCCCUUUGGAGGGUUUGGAGGGUUUGGAGGCUGGGGUGGAGGCGGCAGCGGCGGCGGCAAUGGUGGUCAGCCAUUUGAGGACCUCCAGAAGGAUCCCAUGGGGACCAUCACCAAAGGACUUGGGUGGUUCGCAUCCACGGUUGGUAAAAGUGCAAAGCAAGUCAAUGACUCUUACCUCCAACCGACAGCCAAACAGCUAUCUGAAUCCGAGUUUGCAGCCCAAGCGCGUAUCCACGCCGCAAAUCUUGGACAAAACAUGCAGACCGGAGUUCGCGGUGCCGCGGACCAUUUCAAUCGAUUUGUUGAAGGUGAGGAUGGGCGCGUAGACGGGCAACGUGCCCGUGUGGAGCCUGAGCGCCGCGAUUUCUGGGAUGACUUCUCGUCUUUGGGUGACCAGGAGCAAUCAAACCACCGCCGGAGUGGAUCUCAGCGAUCCCAGCGCUCUGAUGUUGUUGGUACGGCUGCUAUGCGAAAGGGCCCUACGGCCUCUUCGCUGGCCAACUCUACACCCGCCGCAUCUGGCGGCGAGGCAGACAAGAAUACCACGAAUUCUGCUGCGGGUAAAGGCAAAGACGAAUGGGAUGACAACUGGUAG